CAGAUGAGCCCAGCCUCCCAUCAUUUCCUUAUGACUCAAAGACAACGAGGCCGAGAAGAGAGAGAGGAGCUGUGGGAGACACACCGUUCCUGCGAGAAGGAUGCGACAUCUGGACCUAUCCUGGCUGGGGCUGGGGCCCAUGUCAGCCUCACCAUGGCUUCUCUUUUUCUUGGUUGGGGCUUCCUGGCUCCUGGUCAGCUGCCUCACCCAAAUCUUCACUUUGUAUGAAAAGUGUCGUCGUCUUCGUGGCUUCCCUCAGCCACCCAAGAGGAGUUGGUUUUGGGGUCACUUGGGCAUGUCCCCUCCCACAGAAGAAGGCAUGAAGGAGCUGACUGAGCUGGUGGCCGCCUAUCCACAGGGUUUUAUGACCUGGUUAGGUCCGAUAGUUCCCCUCAUCCAUUUAUGUCACCCUGACAUCGUCCGAUCUGUCGUCACUGCCUCAGCUGCUGUUGCCCCAAAGGAUGCCAUCUUCUACAGCUUCCUGAAACCAUGGCUGGGGGAUGGGCUCUUGGUGAGUGCUGGUGACAAGUGGAACCGCCACCGUCGAAUGCUGACACCCGCCUUUCAUUUCAACAUCCUGAAGCCUUAUGUGAAGAUUUUCAAUGAAAGUACCAACAUCAUGCAUGACAAGUGGCUGCGCCUGGCGUCAGGGGGUAGCGCUCGUCUGGACAUGUUUCAGAACAUCAGCCUCAUGACCUUGGACACUUUGCAGAGAUGUGUCUUCAGCUUCAGCAGCAACUGUCAGGAGAAGCCUAGCGAGUACAUCGCUGCCAUCCUGGAGCUCAGUGCCCUUGUGGUGAAAAGAAACGAGCAGCUGCUUCUGCACAUAGACCCGCUCUAUCGCCUCACACCCGAUGGGAUGCACUUCUACAAGGCCUGCCGCCUGGUGCAUGACUUCACUGAUGCCGUCAUCCAGAAGCGACGUCAGACUCUGCCCAGUCACGGCGGUGAUGAUGUCAUUAAGGCCAAGGCCAAGUCAAAGACUCUGGACUUCAUUGAUGUGCUGCUGCUAAGCAAGGAUGAAGACGGAAAGGCGUUGUCAGACGAGGACAUCAGAGCUGAGGCUGACACCUUCAUGUUUAGGGGUCAUGACACCACAGCUAGUGGGCUCUCCUGGAUCCUGUACAACCUAGCGAAACACCCUGAAUACCAGGAGCGCUGUCGGCAGGAGGUGAGGGAUCUUCUUAAGGACAGAGCAUCUACAGAGAUUGAGUGGGACGACCUGAACCAGCUGCCCUUCCUGACCAUGUGCAUCAAGGAGAGUCUGCGGCUGCAUCCUCCGGUCGCAAUGGUCUCUCGCUGCUGCACCCAGGACAUUUGCCUCCCAGAUGGCAAGGUCAUCCCUAAAGGUGUCGUCUGCAUCAUUGAUAUUUUUGGAAUCCAUCACAACCCAACUGUGUGGCGGGACCCUGAGGUCUAUGACCCCUUCCGCUUUGAUCCAGAGAACAUCCAGGAUAGGUCACCUCUGGCUUUUAUUCCCUUCUCGGCAGGACCCAGGAACUGCAUCGGACAGACUUUCGCUAUGAGCGAGAUGAAGGUGGCGCUGGCGCUCACAUUGCUGCGCUUCCGCGUCCUGCCAGAUGACAAGGAGCCGCGCCGGAAGCCUGAACUGAUCCUGAGAGCGGAGGGCGGGCUGUGGCUGCGGGUGGAGCCGCUGAGCUCUGGUGCACACUGAUCCAUCCACUUUGCCCCGGACUUCCUAGUAGGUAGAUAGGCGUGAGUCUGCCUUUGUAGACUGCAAAACACAAACUGUGCUGUUACCUUGCUGUUACCCUGCAAGCAGGGGCUGUAAGGAAUCCAUUCAUUAGCCAGGAUGGUUAAUUUGAGCCAAAGAUCCCGGACUUCCUCUCGAUGAUCACAGGGUCCUAUGAUGAGGGUUCAUUCUCUAGUCAAGCUGCACUACUCUGGAGCCAACAGAUGGUGACUGAGCAAGAGAGGGACCAGGAUGAGGGUGAGAUUCAGAUCCUCAGAGGCAAACCCUUAGCACCACCUUGACGCCCAUUUUAAUCUCAUCUUCUCUUCUUCUCUCACUGCAGAAUUCUAAUUCUGCGGGUUCUAAGUUACUAUGGAUAUUAAAUCUAACAAGCCACCAUUUUGCUUUGUUUUUGAGAUGCUGCUGCACUCUGUUGUCCUGGGUCAUUCUCAAACUGCUGGUCUUAAAGGAAACUCAGCAUAAGCCUUCCAGCCAUUUGAGACUGCAGUCUUUGGGACACUGUAUCAGGCUAGUCCUGGCUCUUAUGUAGUAUGUUUGAUCAUUGUGCUGUUGUGCCCGUUUUCUCUCGUGAGGGGAACCCAAGGAAGUGGUUUUCAGCACUGUGGACAGCAACAGCCGGGGCCUUCCUACUCUGGCUGUUGGGGAGUCCAUGGAGGCAUGGAACCCAAGGUCUGAGUGCCCUUGGCAUACUGCAGGCCUAGUAGCUUAGUGGAGCAGCCCCUGCUCAGCACAGGUAAAGCCCUGCUGUCCCACAUUAAAAAACACUCAGGGGGAAAAUAGUAAAACAGGACUCCAAAAGAGAUUUUUAAAAAUGUUUAGUGUCUUUUCUUUGGAAACCACAUUUGUUUUCUUUGCCUUUAGUGUUUUACUCCAAGUGUUUUUCUUAUUCCGAUUCACAGAACUCCAUUCACAGAAGUAAGAAAAACGGGAAAAGAAUAUCUUUUAUUAUUCUGACAUGUAAUCACUGGUAGCACCCUCUCACAGAAUUGGUAAAAAUGAGGUCAGCUCUCCCCACCUAGAGAACAAAGGCCAUGCCCUGGAGCAGUGUUUAACCUCUAAUUGCCCAAAUAAAUUUCGAUGAUGAAAUCAUUCUAUUUGCUAGUCCCCUCACUUUCCAACAACUCCAAAAGAGGCAACCCAGUCCUGGAGCUGGGCUUUUUGUUAUCCUUUGAUGUCUAGGAGAGACAUUGUUGCCACAGGGCUACCCCAUUUUAACACCUUUAUAUAUGUGUGUAUUAUAUAUCUUAGGUGGCUUCUACAGUAGUAGGUUUCCAUAUGAUAUUUUGGGUGCCCUUAAUGUUAAUUAUUCCUCAUCUAUCUUUCCCCAUUAAACUUUUUUUGUAUCAUUAUUUCCCUUUAACACUUAAUACCACUUUGUUCUGGACCCUUUCCUAGAAAUCCCACCUUCAUGGCUUCUUACUAAUUUCCUGCCCUUAAUAGACAUGCCACAUGGUUUCCAGCCACUCGUCUUUUGAGAACUCUCUGUUCAGUUCCA